UCCAUAACUCACAUCCAAACCAACCACCAAAUGAUUAUACAAGAACUUCCAAAUCCCUAUCACUUACUAUAAUCUCUUUGACUCUGACCAUAAUACCUUCCAAAACUCACACCCAAACCAGCUAUCAAAAGAUUAUACAAGAACCUCCAAAAUCCCAAUCACUUACUAUAAUUUCUUUGACUCUGACAAUAAUACCUUCCAUUUCCCAAGGCCCAAUCAUUUGCUUUCCUUUAUUCUUUUGUUUACUCUGACCAUAAUACCUUCCAGUUCCCACUAUAUAUAUCACACUGCAAAGUUGGACUAUUAUUAUAUUCUCUUCAACAGUUUAUCUUCUCUAAACACAAUGAAUAUUAUUGUUCUGUAUAAUUGUCUCUUGUUCUUCACUUUCUUCUUGGCUCCGUUAGCAUUGACAAAAGCUGAUGAUGAACCAGUUGGAUAUGGAUACAUUGUUCAAUCUGCAAAAGUUGACUCCUCUGGAAGAACGUUGACCGCUAGUCUUCAACUCAUCAAUGGUUCUUCUGUUUAUGGACCUGACAUUCAAAAUCUCACCCUUACUGCAAGCUUUGAGACGAACGAUCGUUUAAGAGUCAGAAUUACGGAUGCAGAUCAUGAAAGAUGGGAAGUUCCUCAAGAAUUUAUCCCCCGUGAAACUCAUUCAGCCCCCCGCACCUCCCUCUUGGAAAAGCAUUCUUUUUCCUUACGUCCAUUAUCCGAAGACACAAAUGAUUACCUCCUUACAAACAACAUUUCGGACCUUACUUUGACUCUCUACAAUACCACCCCUUUUGGCUUUACCAUCAAACGUCGUUCCUCAGGUGACGUUCUUUUUGACACCUCGCCUAAAAAUGACUCCGCGGACACGCUCCUUAUCUUCAAGGACCAGUACCUUCAACUGUCCUCUUCAUUGCCAGCCAAUAGUUCAUCUAUCUAUGGGCUCGGGGAGCAAACGAAAAGAACAUUUAAGCACCAGCCUAAUGAGACAUUAACUCUUUGGAAUGCUGAUAUUGCUAGUGCAAAUGUUGAUCUCAACUUGUACGGUUCCCACCCUUUUUACAUGGACGUCAGGUCUCAGCCUAGUGCGGGGACUAGUCACGGGGUCUUGUUGUUGAAUAGUAAUGGGAUGGACAUUGUAUAUACUGGUGACAGAAUUACUUACAAGGUGAUUGGAGGGGUCAUUGACUUGUACUUCUUUGCUGGUCCGGCGCCAGAGUUGGUCAUGGAACAGUACACAGAGCUCAUUGGCCGCCCAACGCCCAUGCCAUACUGGUCUUUUGGCUUUCACCAAUGCAAGUAUGGUUAUAAUAAUAUUACUGAAGUUGAGAAUGUGGUUGCUGGAUAUGCAAAAGCUCAGAUCCCUCUUGAGGUCGCGUGGACAGAUAUUGAUUAUAUGGAUGGCUACAAGGAUUUCACAGUUGAUCCUGUUAAUUUCCCACUUGACCAGAUGCAGAAAUUUGUCGAUGCACUUCAUCACAAUGGCCAGAAAAUUGUUCUCAUAUUGGAUCCAGGGAUCAGCACAAAUAGCUCAUAUGAUACAUACAAGAGAGGGAUGCAAGCGGACGUUUUCAUCAAACGCGAUGGUGUCCCUUAUCUUGGCCAAGUUUGGCCUGGAAAUCUCUACUUCCCUGAUUUCAUAAAUCCCCAAUGCAAAGUCUUCUGGAGUAAUGAAAUCAAAAUUUUCCAUGACCUUCUCCCCGUCGAUGGUCUCUGGCUUGACAUGAACGAGGCAUCUAACUUCAUUUCGUCACCUCCAAGCGCGAAUUCUACCCUUGACAACCCUCCUUAUCAGAUCAAUAACUCUGGAAACAAACGUGCAAUAAACGAGAAGACUAUCCCAGCAACAUCAGUACAUUUCGGGAACAUCUCAGAGUACAAUGUGCAUAACCUUUACGGGUUCCUCGAAGCUAAAACGACCAAUGCUGCUUUAAUCAACGUUACUGGUAAAAGGCCGUUUAUACUUAGCAGGUCUACUUUUGUCGGUGCUGGCAAUUUCGCAGCACAUUGGACCGGAGAUAAUGCAGCCAAUUGGAAUGACUUGGCUUAUAGUAUUCCCGGCAUUUUAAAUUCUGGAUUGUUCGGGAUACCCAUGGUGGGAGCUGAUAUAUGUGGCUUUCUUGGAGAUACUAAUGAAGAAUUAUGCCGCCGUUGGAUUCAGGUAGGUGCAUUUUAUCCCUUUUCAAGGGACCACUCCAAUAAGGGUACUGCACCUCAAGAGCUUUUUGUCUGGGAUUCAGUAGCUACAACAGCCAGAAAGGUGCUUGGACUUCGCUACCGGCUCUUACCAUACUUCUACACGCUAAUGUUCGAGGCACAUGCCCGAGGCGUCCCUAUAGCACGUCCUCUUUUCUUUUCAUUCCCCGAGGACACAAACACUUACGAAAUCAGCUCUCAGUUUCUCAUCGGCAAGGGGUUAAUGAUAUCCCCAGUACUGACAUCUGGAGCGGUUUCAGUUGAAGCGUAUUUUCCAUCCGGUACUUGGUUUGACCUCUUCAACUACUCAAACUACGUGGACAUGAAGUCCGGUGGCAAUAUCACCCUUGAUGCGCCUCCUGAUCAUAUCAACGUACACCUUCAAGAAGGAAACAUUCUAGCGAUGCAAGGAGAAGCGCUGACUACACAGGCAGCCCGGGAUACUCCGUUUGAACUUCUUGUUGCCCUCAGCAACACGGGAAAUAGUACGGGUGAAGUCUUUUUGGACGAUGGCGAAGACAUUGAAAUGGGAGGGGAGGGUGGAAAAUGGAGCCUGGUGAAAUUUCACACUGAUGUUGAGAAUAACAAGUUAUAUCUCAAAUCAGAGGUUGUGAAUGGAGAGUUUGCUUUGAGCAAGAAUUGGACAAUAAACAAAGUGAAUGUUGUUGGAUUGCAAAAUGGGGCGAGUAAAGUUGGUACAUAUAAUUCAUCAGUUCUUAUUGGGAAGGAAUUUAGUCUUGAGCUAAACUUGCCAAAUAAUUAAGAGCAAACAGUGAUGAUGUUAUUAUUUUCAUAUUGUAGAAUAUGGAAAACAAAGAUUUUUGUUUUGUAUGUUCUCAUUUACUUAAAGCCAUAAAGAAUCAGCUUAGCUGUAUGUUUAUGUACUUCAAACAGAAACUGCCACAUUGUUCAUCAAUGGAGUUAGCAGAAAAGUUAUAAAGGUUAUUUACAUGUUAUAA